UCACCUGGCUAUGCUAUUCUGGUUUUUGCCAGAUAUUCUGCUAUUUGAGUUGUAUUGUUUCCAAGUGUGGAACCCUUUCAGGGAAGUUUUCUUGUAUAUGUAAUUAAUGUUCCAUGUAAGAGAUCUUGAACUUUUUAUUCCCAAGCCCCCUUGCAGGUCUUGGCUGCAUUGUGAGGUCUAUAGACCUUAUUGCUUCGGUGAAGUGACACCCAUGGAGUCCUCAGAUCUAGUUACUAAUGAUGUGCCUAUUCUUGAGAUUUAAGUGGUUAACUUUAUUAGUUAGUUCAUUUUCAUUUACCUCAAUAUAAAGGGCACAUAGCAUGUGGUUAAAGAAACCACAACAAUUUCAUUCCGGCUUGUGAUUGUCUUAACUGCAUUUGAUUGACUAUUUGAUGUCAGCAUUGGUACAUAUCUCUGCCUUGAACAGAUGAAUAUGAUGCUGGCAUUGCUCUGAUACAGUGAUACUAUUAUGCAUCCAGCCCUACUUCAUAAUUAUCAUUCUGUGGAAAUUGUUGCAUUUGAUUAGAAUCCGUGCAGAUACAUUAUGUAGACGGCAAAAGGUUUUUUACAAAGAGUAGCCUUUUUUAUUGGACAGAUAUAGUCUAUGUUAUGCAAUCCAACUCCAUCUCUUAUCCAUUUGAUUUCCCAGACUAGAAGGUUCUUUCUCCUCUUUAUUAUUACUUAGCUAUGCGUACUAGUGUUGAGGAGCCAGGAGUUUUUAUUUUGUGAAAUGAUGGAGCUUUUGGCCAGGAAAGAAUAUAUUCUGGUCUGACUCAAAUCUGUCUCCAUGAAAGUUAAACCACUCUCUCUGGGAUAUAUAUGACCCUUUUUCAAAGUCAUGCAACAUGCUUGCGUAGGAUUGAUCUCUGAAUCAGGUUUUAUUUAUUAUAUGCACAAAAGUAAAAGAAGUGCUGGUGGUCGGCCAGAAAGCUUGAAGGGUUGGCUUGCUUCAAACAGAUUUCACAGCUUUUUUCUUUCUUUUCUUUUUCUACAGAAGCACUUGUUAUGCCUCUACUUUAAAUUGCUUACCCAUGCAGCAGACUAGAUACCCUUAUAUAUAUAUACAUGCUACGUUUCUUUUUCUUGAUUACCGUUAAUCUUUUCCUACUGCUGUUGCCUUGCUUUUCUUUGUUGUUUGUUGAGAACAGAGAAUGGGAGAGCAAAUUGAAGUUGUUGGGAGAUCAUUUGUGGAUCAUUAUUACCAUCUCUUCGACAAUGACCGCCCCUCUCUUGGCUCCCUCUAUCAACCCACCUCAAUGCUAACAUUUGAGGGCCAGAAGUUGCAGGGCGGGGAAGACAUCUGUGCCAAGCUUAACGCCUUGCCAUUUGGGCAAUGCCGCCAUGUGGUUAGCACCGUCGACUCUCAACCAUCAUCCCUUGCUGGCGGGAUCAUCAUCUUUGUGAGUGGCAGCCUUCUAUUGCCAGGAGAAGAGCAUCCGCUCAGGUUUAGCCAGAUGUUUCACUUGAUUCCUACUGCAGAAGGAAGUUUCUUCGUGCAGAAUGACGUUUUUCGCCUCAAUUAUGGCUGAACGCUAACUGGAUUGGUUCUUGACUGAUGAGGAAGAAUUUUUUUUUUCUUUUUACUCCGAAAUAUGGCUGGAUUUCUUGAAUCUAUGAAUAAAUGUAUUUUUGUCUUGCAAAUAUAUGCAACUCAAAACUAAGGUGCCAUUUGAUUCAUCUAUCAUUCAUGGGUGCCUCCCUCUAAAGGAGUGUCUAAGUAGGUAAAAUAUGAUUCUUGUGUCUAAAGAUUAUGAGUUUGAUUCUUGUCAA